AUGAACAGUCAUGAAAACGAUAAUUGGAAGAAGAAUCUACGGCUCCCACCAAAAGAUUAUCGACCGCAAACAGAGGAUGUUACCGCCACAAAAGGAAACGAAUUCGAAGACUAUUUUCUCAAACGCGAGCUGCUCAUGGGCAUAUUUGAAGCAGGCUUCGAGCGCCCAUCACCAAUCCAAGAAGAAUCCAUACCAAUCGCACUAACCGGCCGUGACAUUCUUGCACGGGCUAAGAAUGGAACCGGCAAGACGGCUGCCUUUGUAAUUCCGGCAUUAGAAAAGAUAUAUGUUAAAAAGAACAAAAUCCAGGCGCUCCUUCUCGUACCGACAAGAGAACUUGCACUACAAACAUCGCAAGUGUGUAAAACUCUCGGAAAACAUAUGGGGGUGCAAGUAAUGGUGACAACAGGAGGCACAACAUUAAAAGACGAUAUUCUCCGUUUAUCAGAGACCGUACAUGUACUCGUCGGUACGCCUGGUCGUAUUCUGGAUCUUGCUGGAAAGGGCGUGGCAGAUUUUAGUGAAUGUCCGACAUUCGUUAUGGAUGAAGCCGAUAAAUUGUUAAGUCCAGAGUUCUCGCCAAUUGUCGAGCAGUUAUUGACGUAUUUCCCGGAAGACAGACAGAUAAUGUUGUACAGCGCUACUUUCCCCUUGAUUGUGAAGAAUUUCAAGGAAAAAUAUCUUGUAAAGCCAUACGAAAUUAACUUAAUGGACGAGCUCACUCUUCGUGGUGUCACACAAUAUUAUGCCUUUGUUAUGGAGCGACAGAAAGUUCACUGUUUGAAUACGCUUUUUUCCAAGUUGCAAAUUAACCAAUCAAUCAUUUUCUGCAAUUCAACAAACCGUGUCGAACUUCUUGCUAAGAAAAUAACGGAACUCGGAUACUCUUGCUUUUACAGUCACGCCAAAAUGUUACAAAGUCACCGCAAUCGAGUUUUCCAUGAUUUUAGAAAUGGUGUAUGUCGGAACUUAGUAUGUUCAGAUCUCUUAACACGUGGUAUCGAUAUCCAAGCAGUAAAUGUCGUAAUCAAUUUUGAUUUCCCUAAAAACGCAGAAACGUAUCUUCACCGGAUCGGUCGAUCCGGCCGCUAUGGUCAUCUCGGUCUAGCAAUUAAUUUGGUAACUUAUGAAGACCGUUUCAAUCUCUACAAAAUUGAGCAGGAACUCGGAACUGAGAUUCAGCCCAUUCCACCAGUUAUUGAUAAAAGAUUGUAUGUUGCACCUAUAUCGGAUGGAAGUUCGAGUGAAAUUUCCUUGUGGCACAGUCUGACAUACAAUAUAAAAGAACUACCUCUUAUUCCUCGACAACAAUGGCCUAUAUUCAUAACAAGCCUAGUCAGUAUGAGCGAUCACGAAACUGCUGCUACUGGGGGAGUCGAUGACGAUUUGUCACUUCCCAAGGCAACUGUGCAGAAACUCAUUGCCGAAAUGUUACCAUCCGACAUUGGAUGUGCAAGGGAUACUCGCGACUUGCUAAUCGACUGCUGUGUUGAAUUUAUUCACUUGAUUGCAUCUGAAGCAAACGAAAUAUGUGAGAAGGAAACAAAAAAGACCAUAGCUGCCGAACAUGUACUCUCCGCUUUGAGGACAUUAGGGUUCGAGAGCUAUCUGGAAGAAGUUCAGGACGUUUACAAAGAACACAAGAAGAUGCAGAAGGACCGCGAAAGAAAAAGCUCUCGCCUAGAGAACUCCGGAAUGACCGAGGAGGAGCUUUUACGGCAGCAAGAACUACUCUUUGAACAAUCACGACAGAAGUAUCAAUCCAGGCAACAACAAAAUAAAGAUGUCCAUUUAUUCGAUCGCAAGAGCUCUCAGAAUUCGAGAUGUCAAUUUCCCAAUGUCUCUGCUAUGAAAUCACAGAAACUGAACCAGAAACGGUCUAUUAAAAAUGGCAAUAAGAUUCGUGGUGUUCUUAAACAGACGUCUACAGAGGGCCGUCGGACCAACGAAUUAAAACGAGUUAGAUUUGUCGGUAUUGAUGAUAAAGACACGGAAGACGAAGAAGAAACAAGUGAUGACUGGGAUACCGAAGAUGAAAAUGAAGACAAUAUUUACAAGCGUGAUAAUGAUCUAGAAGAUAAGAGAAAAAAACAUGCCAAAGAGCGAACUGAGGCAUAUAAUGAAUCCGAGUAUAAUCUUGCAACACGCAACGCACAAACCAACGUAAAGAAGUUAAAUCUUCAAGAUCUCGUUGGGGCUAUACAAAAUGAAGCGGGCUUUACAGGAUUGAAGAAAUCAUUAUUAAUGUUCGAAAAUAAUGAUAAAAAAGGAGCUAUCAAAGGUCCAUUAGCUGCUCCAUUACCAAAGCGAGUCAAGGACAAAUUGAAUAGAGAAGCAGCAUAUGAACAAACUAAGAAAGUUGUUUCAAAAUGGGAGACCAUAGUGAAAGAGAAUCGCAAAAAGGAACACCUGGAAUUCCCAAUGAAUGCACAACCGUUUCAUCAGGUAUCUACCAGUCAAUUAGUUAGCUCGUUUAAGGCAACCACGCCAUUAGAGAAGCAAAUCGAAAAAGCGCUUGUCGAAAGCGGUGUGGAAGAAAAAAAUCUUCAAAAAUAUGAAGAGCUUCAGUUAAAUAAAUUGUCUGUUGACGAAGUGGUAGCUCGUCAAAAAGAACUACGUCGCAUGCGCGAGCUGGCGUUCCGUGCGGAAAUCAAAGCCAAACGCAUAGCCAAGAUAAAAAGCAAAGCAUACCGCAAAAUUCGAAAGAAAGAAAGAGAGAAAAGGCAACUUCUUGUAGAACAAUUUGCUGAGCCUGAUGAUGAUAUUAUGCGACAAAGGAAACUAAAGCUAGAAACCGCUCGUGCUGAGGAACGAAUGACACUGAAGCAUAAAAACAGUAGCAAGUGGGCUAAGCAAGCGUUAAAACACGGGCGGAAUAAUCAGGAAAGCCGUCAGGCAAUCGUUGAGCAGCUGCAGAGGCAUGAGGCGCUAACGCGUAAAAUCCAUGGAAUUGGUUCGGAGGAUGAGGAGAGUGAAGAUGAAUAUAGUGAUAUCGAAGAUGGAGACGUUGAAGCCGUUAGGAAAAGAGCAUUAGAAGAGCUCGAACAGCUUGAGGAAGAUGUGACCAGGGAGCCGGUGAGAGGUGUAUUUGCCAUGAAGUUUAUGACCGAGGCGGCUAAACGACAAGAAGAACAAGCCAUGUCGGCGCUAAAUGAUCUUAGGAGGAGUUUGGAGAAUGAAGAAAUUAGUGAUGCUGAUGAUGAGAAUGAUAAAAAAGAAGAAACGCGAAAAUCGACAGUAAUAAAAGUUGGUGGUAAUCCAGGCAGAAUGAUAUUUGAGUGCGCAGAUCAAGUGAAUGAUGAUUCGAUAGUAAAUAACGUUGUAGAAGAGGUGGACACACUCACCCAUAUCGACAAGUCUCAAGGAAAAGGUGUAGCAGGGAUAAUAACGGGCUUUGAGUCGAUUGGGACAAAUUCCAAUCCUGAUAAUGACGGAAUGGAAGAAGAAUCUAACCCUUGGCUACAGACAGACACGUCAAAAGUCGCUACCUUAAGCAAGAAAUCAAACAAAGGCCUCGGUAAAGAUUCCAACAAAUAUGACAAGAUGGUGACUAAACUAAAAAGAAAAUCACGAGAGGAAAAAGAAGAGGAAGUAGAGAUUGACUUGGACAAUGUGUUAAUUAUGGAACCACCAAAAGAAAACGGAGAUGCUAAUGGCAACAUAAACGCAACCAAUAGUGAUGAAAACGAAUCCAACGAUGAUGAAAAGGAAGACGACGAUGGCAUGUCUAAGAGUUUGCAUAUUGUCCAUGCGAAGAGUGCAACUGCCUUUACCCAAAGGGAAUUAGUAGCUCGUGCCUUUGCAAAUGAUGACGUUGUCAAAGAAUUUGAGGCGGAUAAACUAGCUACUAUUGACGAGGAUGAGCCGAAAGGGAAGGAUGUAACUUUACCCGGAUGGGGAACUUGGGGUGGUAAGGGCGUAAAACCAUCGAAGAGACCUCCAAUCAUCUCAAAACCACUUCCAGGCGAGGGCGUGCAGGCUUCAAAGCGUAAAGACGCCAAACUUAAACAUGUCAUCAUAAAUGAGAAACGGGUCAAAAAGGCAACAAAAUAUUUAGCCACAAAAGUCCCAUAUCCGUUCGAAACUCGUGAACAGUACGAGGCCAGUUUACGAGCACCUAUCGGAAAGGAAUGGAACACUCAAGAAGUAUACCAUAAGAUGAUUAAACCGCGUGUGAUUACCAAAAUGGGUACAAUCAUAGAUCCUUUGACUGCAAAGUUUCGAGAUAAUGAGAGUGAUUCGGAUUAA